AUGGCCGCUCCCGGCUCCUUCCCGCUGCUGGUCGAGGGCUCCUGGGGCCCCGACCCCCCGCGGAACCUGAGCAUCAAGUUGCAGUUGUAUUUCCAGAGCAUCAAGAGGUCGGGCGGCGGCGAGUGCGAGGUGCGCCCGUGGCCCGGGAGUCCCGGCCGCUUCCUGGUGCUGUUCUCCCCGGAGGACGUUCGGAAGAGAGUUCUGGAGAGAGAGAACCAUGAGUUAGCAUGGCCAGGAAAUGGGCCAUUCAAGUUAACUCUCAAGUUGCCCACAGUUAAAGAUGAAAUCCAUGAUGUAAGUUUUGGGAAAAUUACCAAAAAGGAAUUGAAGUCCAAGGUCCAUGUCAAACAACCAGAUGUGUCAGAAGAAUUGGAUACAAACUACUCUGUCAUUAGAGCACCAGAAAAUAUUGAAGAUACCCCAAACACGUAUCUUUCAAAGAAGAAAGUUGUAUUUGAAAAUCUUCAGACUUAUGUAAAUGAGAUGAAGUUGAUCUCUUUAGUGGAAAAUAUAAGUGGCCUGUCCAGUGAUGACUUUCAAGUGGAAAUGAUACAAGAUUUGGAAGUUGCCGUGGUGACCUUUCAAAAAAACAUAGAUAUCAUAAAAUUUCUGGAUGAUUGUAAAAUGAAAAAUCCUCAACUGUCUUCAAGACUUCUGGAAGAGACAAGAACAAUCAGGGUGGAAAAUCUUCCACCUACUGUGGGUGACCAAAAGUUAAAAGAUUUAUUUGAAAAUCCUCAAAGUGGAGGGGGAAGAGUUGCAAAAGUUGAAUGUUUUCCUGAAGAGAGUUCAGCUCUGAUUGAAUUCUUUGAAAGAGAAGUCCUAGACACCAUCUUGACCAAAAAACUUGAAAUCGAUAACAUGCCACUCUCUGUGUUUCCAUACUACACCUCACUGGGCACAGCCUUGUAUGGAAAGGAGAAGCCUCUGAUUAAACUUCCAGCACCGUUCAGAGAAUCAUUGGACUGUCUCUUAUGGAAGUUCUUGCAGAAAAAGAAUCACCUAAUUAGGGAGAUAAAUGAUGAAAUGGCACAUUGUCACUGUGAGCUAAUUUGGUCCCAACUCAAUGGAGAAGUUAUCAUCAACCCUAUGGACACAUUACUCAGUCAGGGAAGGAAAAUAAUCAAGACCUGGCAGGAGAAAGUUUCCACAAUAUUCUCUGACCUUAGGUCCAAAUACAAGGUCACCUCAUUCAAGGUGGAUCCAAUCAUGUGGGAUACCAUAAAGAAAGACACAGAAGAUGAUAGGCUUUUGAUUGAGUUUGAUACAUCUAUGGAGCUUGUUUCCUUGGUGGGGAGGUCAGAGAUUGUAGAAGAUAUUGAAUCAAAAAUCAAGAACUUAAUAAAAAGCAUGGCUCAAAAAAUUGAAAGAGAACAGCAAAGUCUGAAAGAAAAACUGAAAGUUUCUUCAGGGAAGUAUUGUCUGUUGUGCCAAAGUGGGACACUGGAGGGUGUCCAGACUAAGUUCCCAGAGAUGGAGAUGACUUAUGAUGAAACCUCUCAGCACCUGUACUUCAAAGGACCCCAUUUAGAUGUGUAUAAACUUAAAUGUGAAAUCCAGGAAAAGGUGUUCAGCAUGGCCCAGAAGAACAUUCAGGUCCCCCCUGAGGUUUUCCAGUUUUUGCAACAGGUAGACUGUGGGGAAUUUUCCAGGUUUCUUUUUAUAGCACAGAAAAUUCUUGCAGUGUAUGAGCUACAGUCUAGGACUGUUCUCUUAACCAGCUGUUCUUCUGAAGUACUAGCAGAAGCUGAAAAACAAAUGAUGAGUGCCUUAAUUUAUAAGCGCAUAGAGGUUGAAGACAGUAAAGUUCUUGAUGGCAACAAAUGGAACGCUCUCAUCAGCACUUUGCACACGCAACAUAACUAUUCCUUAAAGUUUGUGAUACUCCAUAAGUUAACUUCAGAAACCACUGCUGAGGUCAUCAUAGCAGGCUGUGUGAGAGAAGUUAGCCAAGUCUACGACUCUCUGUUUGACUUCCUGGAAAAACAUACAGUAAUCAAGGGAUUGAUUGAAGUCAAUACUACCUUAGUUUUUUAUUAUUUAAAAUCAGAAAAGAAAACAUUGUGCCAACAGUUAAAGGCAAAGAAUGUGCAGGUACAAUUUAAUAAAGAAAGUAACCCAAAAAGCAUUUUACUAACUGGCCCCAAGAACCUAGUUGGGGAGGGAAUGAACCUUCUCAAGCACGCCAGGGACUCAGUCUGUAUUAGAAGUUUCCAGACUGACAAGCCAGGAGCCAGACAAUUCUUCCAGGAAAAAGCUCGGUUUUAUAAAAGUGAGGUGAAAAGGCAGUUUGGUUGUUUUAUUGAACUUCAGGAGAAUGAAGAGAAGAAGGGAGGUGACAGUGACGGCCAGAAGUGCUACCUCAGGACGAACGUGUCCCCUGGGGUGUCACUGAGUGUGCAGCAGGGUGAUCUGACCCGGUUUCCGGUGGAAGUGGUGGUCAAUGCGGCCAACAGGGACCUCAAGCACAGUGGGGGCCUUGCGGCUGCUCUCUCCAAAGCCGCGGGCCCUGAGCUCCAAAGUGACUGUGACCGGAUAGUGAAGAGCCAGGGCAAGAUUCUCCCGGGCUGUGCCACCAUCUCUAAAGCUGGAAAUCUUCCGUAUGACCACGUGAUCCAUGCAGUCAGACCCAGGUGGGUGAAGGCUAAGGCCCAGAACUGUGCAAACGUGUUAAGAAGAGCUGUGCAGGAAAGCCUGCGCUUGGCUGAAGACCACAAAUACCAUUCCAUUGCCAUCCCUGCCAUAGGCACUGGUGCUGGCUUCCCCUUAAGCCAAUGUACACAUAUCAUUGUCUCGGCCAUCAAGAAAUAUUUCCAAUUUGAGUGGGAGGGACACACCUUGAAAGAGAUUUAUCUUGUAGACGCAGCUGAGAAAACUGUUAUGGCCUUUGCUGAAACUGUGAAAACUUCAUUUAACCACACCCUGCCUGGUACUGCUUCGCAGCCCAUUGUUCCAACUUCUGUCCUGCCAGAUUCACAGAAGGAUCCUGGAAACAGACAAAUUCUGAUCACUCCAGGAGGCCUGAGGGUUCUGGUGGUUAAAGGCGAUGUACAAGAUGCAACUACUGAUGUUAUUGUCAACUCCAUUCCCCUGACUCUUGAACUUAACAGAGGGCCCCUUUCUCAAGCCAUCUUGAAAAGUGCUGGGCCAAAGAUUCAAGAGGAUUUGGAUGGACUCAAAAAAACCAGGACUGUGGAUGUGGGCACGGUUCUUCCAACCAAAGGUUAUAGUCUUCCCUGCCGUUUCGUGCUCCAUGUGGUGGCACCAGGUUGGAAAAAUCACAGCGCGAAUGCACACAAGAUCAUGGAAGAGAUAAUCCAGGAAUGUUUGGAACUCACUGAGAGCUUGUCCUUGAGAUCAAUUGCAUUUCCGGCAAUAGGAACAGGAAAUCUGGGUUUUCCUAAAAGAAUUUUUGCUGAGUUAAUCCUCUCGGAAGUGGCCAAGUUUAGUAACAAGAAUCAAGUGACAACUUUGCAAGAGGUCCAUUUUCUGUUGCACCCCAGUGAUCAUGAAAGUAUUCAGGUAUUUUCAGAUGUAUUUGCUCAGAUCAUUAGUGGAGAUUCCUCCAGUGACAAAAUUGCUCAGUCUUCAAGUACACCAGAUUUCUAUGGGGCCGUUUCUACAUCUACAAUGGGAGAGCAUGAAAUGAAGAUUGGACCCAUCAUCUUCCAGGUGGCCAGUGGAGAUAUCACCAGGGAAGAGGCAGAUGUGAUUGUAAAUUCAACAUCAAAUACAUUUAAUUACAAAGCAGGAGUGUCCAAGGCAAUUUUGAAUGGGGCUGGGAAAGAAGUGGAAGAUGAAUGUUUGCUUAAAGCUCAGCAGGUCCAUGAUCAUUAUAUUGUUACUAAAGGUGGAUUACUGAAGUGUAAGAACAUUAUUCAUGUAAUUGGCAGUAAUAAAGUAAAGGAUUCAGUUUCCUGUGUUUUGCAAGAGUGUGAAAAACGGAAUUAUGCUUCCAUUUGCCUCCCAGCUAUUGGUACAGGACAAGCCAAUCAAGAUCCAGUCAAGGUCGCUGAAGACAUCAUUAAUGCCAUUGAAGACUAUAUUGAGAAAGGGUCUGUCCAGUCUGUGAAAAGAGUUAAAGUUGUUCUAUUUCAGCCCCAUUUUCUGAAAAUAUUUUAUGAUGCCAUGAAAAAAAGAGAAGGAGCUCAGUCUUCUGCAUUGAAGUUUGUAAUGUCUAAAGUUUCAUCAUUUUUCAGUUUUUUCACACCAUUUUCAAAAACAAAGAACUCAUUGGUUUUGGAGAAAAAAACAGAAUUGGCAACUUUUCAAGUGUGUGGUGACAGUAUAGAACAUGUAAACAAUGCAUUCGACUGGACACAGGAUCUGAUUUUAAAGGAUCAGUUUUCUUCCAUUAUUAAGGAUGAGUGUAUCCAAGACUUUGAUGAAAUGGAAGUUCAGGAAUUGAGAGCACUACAGGAUAAAUUAAAUGUUUCCAUUUCUUUGGACCAGAAAAACCCCUUGAUUGAAAUCGGGGGAAUUGCCAAAGAUGUGAUGGAAGUUAGAAAUAAUAUUGAGGAAAUGAUCAAGAGAAUUAGAUUGAACAAAGAACAGGAAUACCGAGCAAACUGUAUCAGUGAAUUUGUUGAAUGGCGAUAUAAAGACAGCAACACUUUUUACCGUUUUGACAAAAUGACCAGUCUACAUUUGGAGGAGGCAAAUAAAGAAGGGGAAAGGACAACUGAUGUCAAGAUUAAAUAUGAAACCUACACAGUAGACUUCACCACAAAUACCGCCACAAACUCAGAUGGAGUCACUUUGCCUGUUCAACGCUUCCAGAAAGCUGGAGAUGAAAUCCCUUCAAACUGGAGUGAUAUGAAGCAGCAGAAUGUCUGUGUGGUUGACCUACCACCUAGUCAUGCAGAAUACAGAGCAGUUGCACAGCAGUUUAAUCAGACCUGCUCAAACUUCGUCAUAGAGAAGGUUGAGAGGAUUCAGAAUCCAUCUCUCUGGAAUAGCUACCAGACAAAGAAGAAAACCAUGGGUUUCAAGAAUAACAAUGUAAUAAACGAGAAGCAGCUCUUUCAUGGCACAGAUGAGAACUCAGUGUCGCAAGUCAAUGCCAAUGGUUUUAACCGCAGUUAUGCUGGAAAGAACGCUGUGGCAUUUGGAAAAGGAACGUAUUUUGCUGUUAAUGCCAAUUAUUCUGCUGAUGACAAAUAUUCUGUACCAGACGUGAACGGAAAAAAGUACAUGUAUUAUGUGCGAGUUCUCACUGGACUCUCCACACUUGGGAAUAGCUCCUUGAUUGUACCUCCUCCAAAGAAUCCUCAAAAUCUUACUGAUCUGUAUGAUACUGUCACAGACAAUGUGGGAAAUCCCAAAUUAUUUGUGGUUUUUUCUGACUAUCAGGCUUACCCAGAGUAUCUCAUUACUUUUCAAAAGUAA